AAAACCCAAGGGUCUCCAACUACCUCAAUUCUGUACUGUUUCCUUUAGGAUAGAUCUUGAAGUCAAAGCCUCAGGAAACAUCUAGGCUUAGCCUAGACUAGCUGCAGCCCUCUGAGAAGAGAGAGGAGAAACCUCGCUUCCCCUUUUUAAGUUGUAGCCUUAAGUAGUUCUUGGUAAGACUUUUAAAACAAAACACAAAAGAGAGAAAACAGAUGUUACUCACCUCCCCCUUCUCUUGCUUUCUUGUAGCCCAUGGGAUCAGAACGGAUGGAGAUGCGCAAACGGCAGAUGUCUACAGCCCAGGAGACCCCAGGCUCUGCACAGACACAAAACAACAUGGGAACUCGAGGGUCCAAUGCCUGCUGCUUUUGUUGGUGCUGCUGUUGCAGCUGCUCAUGUCUUACUGUUAGAAAUCAAGAUGAAGAGAGAGCAAGAACAACAUCCCAUGAACUCCAAACAGAGGGUAUUCCAAAUUGCGAGGAAAGCCCUGCUCCUACUCUUGAAGAGGUGAAUGCCUGGGCUCAGUCAUUUGACAAACUAAUGCUUACUCCAGCUGGCAGAAAUGCUUUUCGUGAGUUCCUCCGAACAGAAUUCAGUGAGGAAAAUAUGCUUUUCUGGAUGGCCUGUGAGGAACUAAAACAAGAAUCCAACAAAAGUGUCAUUGAAGAAAAAGCAAGACUAAUUUAUGAAGAUUAUAUUUCUAUCCUUUCUCCAAAAGAGGUCAGUCUGGACUCCAGAGUACGAGAAGUUAUUAACCGAAACAUGCUGGAACCCUCACAACAUACCUUCGAUGACGCACAGCUUCAAAUUUAUACCUUAAUGCACAGAGACUCCUACCCACGCUUUAUGAACUCUGCUAUUUAUAAGGAGUUGCUUCGGUCCUUAUCUGAAAAAUCCAUUGAAGCAUAGGAUUCUCUCUCAAAUGUAUUUAUUUUAAAACAAAUGGAAUGCUGGGCUACAUCAAUCAACAGGGAAUUUAGAAUUAACCAGAUGAUUUACCUGAAAAUAACUCAGGCAAGUUUUAAUACAGACUGGAUGUUUUAAAAUCUGCACAAGGCUCUGACACUGUAGUUAGCUACAGUUUCUGAUCACAAAAAGUAUUGCUUUGCAAACAAGAAUGAAAAGGAUGAAGAGAAAAUGUUAUUGUUUAAAAAAAGUAUUUUUUACAAUGCAGCAUGCAACUUGGACACAAAUCUCUCAUAAAGGGACGUAUCUCCAAAGUAAAAUUGCCAAAUGAGCAUGAAAACUAGAUGUUAUUUUUAAGUGGAGUGCUACAGUUGAUACUCAAACCAGUUUCCCCAUCCAUACAAUGAGCAAAAUAAAAACUGUUAUGCUGUCAAUAUCUGGAUUAUACUAGACCAAAGUUUCACAUAUUGUACAAGUUGUACCUGGCACGGGUACACUCCACUUGUUUUAGAAUAUGUAUUUAACCCAUAUGCAGUGGGCUAAUGAAAAUCAGUAUGGCAACCUCGAGUUCAUGAAAGCUAGUGGUUGAAAUAAUGCUGCCUGUAAAAAAAAAAAAAAAUCUUUUUCCUGAAAAAGUGUUAUUUUACUACCAAGAAUCUGCUCAAAACAUUUUUAAGUUCAUACUGUUGAUGUUUUUAAAGUUAAAUUAUUUACUUAACAGGAAGAAGAGUCUGGGCAUUUAAAUUCUUAAAUAAAGCACAAGAAUUCUCAUGUAUUGUUCUCUUCACUCUGCAGAUGUAAAAAAAAAUAUUUCACUACUUGUUCCUGAGAGACUGGCAGUAUCAACCAUCUUGUCUUUGCACAAUGUUAAGCUCUCCCCAGUUAUAUGACAUGUUUAGUUUACAGACAUUCAUAUAUUUCAUUAACCAAAGAAAGAAGCUAGAACUAUCCUGUGCUGAUAAGGCAUUAUUUCAGACUGUCCAAAAGAAAAUCCAUGUUCAUUUACAUUAUCCCCAAAGCAUUACACUUGAUUUUUGACAGAUAUCUCCCCGUAAGCACUUUUGUGUACAUCAAAAUUGGUAAUCACUGCAAGUUCUAGGAAGAAAACAAGUCAAAUCAGCAUAAUCUAUUUGUAGAUCUCUUAUUAUAAUAACUUUUUUUCAAAUUAUGAGAUUUUUUUUUUACAAUCCCACUCAAUUAAAAUUUGGAGUUUACAGUAAACUUCCAUUAAAUUCUAUUUUCCCUCCCGCACAUUCAUUUUAAUGAACCAAAUGACAUACGGCGUAUUAGUACAUGGAAAGAAGGGCGACAGAACAGAAUGAAACAAAAAGGAAAAAAAAAAAGGAAACAGGAGAGAGUUAUACAGCCAUAGUUCAGUGACAUUACUGUAAUCUUUCUACAGCCUACUAUUUGCCUAAUUCCAACACUAUGAAAAGGACAAAAUGGGACUUCCUCUCUCUGAAAAAGGGACCUAAGCAGAAUUUAAGAAGUCAAUUUACUGGCUUCUUCAAUGCACAAAGCAGGAGACAUGUUUUCUCCUUCUUGCAUCAACACUAUCAAAUAAAUAAUAAUAAGACUUUUCAUUAUACAGUAUCAUGGGAGAAGAGCUGACACAAGGCAAGUUAAAAAAAAAAAGUCAUUAUGUCAUCUUAGAAAAAAAAAGUUAAGAGGAAGCCUUUCCAUGCACUACUAUUAAUGACAUGGUCCAGUUAGUGGUUGCCACUGCCUAAUAUAUUAUCAUCAUCCAUUUAUCACAUACCCAAUGCACUCUCAAUACAAUCUCAGUUUACAAGUAGUAUUGGAUGACAGGCAGCAACUUCAACAAAGAUCAAACUGGACAUAUUGGUAAGGCAGCAUUUAGACGGAGCUUACACUCCAACUGACAAUGCUACACUUACUGUUUUGAUUAGGUUGGGUAAGGCUGUUGUAAAACUGACAAAGUAAGUUUAAGUAGGUCAAAUUCAGCUUGUUGGAAAGAUUAGACUCAUGCAUCAAAAAAGUUCAAAGCUGUGUCAUUUCAUGAAACAGAGGAUUUAGUUUCCUUUAAGUUCUCUCUCUUCCUUGCAAAGAUACUUCAUUAAGAGUUAGAUGACAAACUGAACAAUCAAACUUUAUAUCAAACAAUAUAUAUUCUAUUAUUCUCUGAGAAAAAGAUAAAUUGAAAUUAAAGGGGAGAAAAAAAAAAACAGGAUUGAUUUGGGUAGUUCUGUGGUUAAUAUCAGAUUAUUAAAGGAAAAGAAUAGUUUCUAAGCUUAUUUUCUGUGUCCCUCAAAUGUUAAAUAAAAUUGUCUAGGCAAUUUUUAUUUUAUUUCUGUAUUACUGCAAUGUGAUGAUCCUUCCUGAAAAAUCUUAACAAACUGUCAUGCUGUAUUUAGGUUUAACCUUACGCUCAAGACCCAUGGCAGAAUUCUGGUCCCUAGAUAUCCUGAGAAUAUCUCUUAACACCCUCCCUCCCCUCAAAACAAAACAAAACAAAACAAUACUAUUAUGUCAUUCUGAGGCUGUUUAAUGCUGCAGUUAAAGAAAAAACAAACAAAAAAACAACAAAAAACCCACCCACACAGAAGACAGUUUAUUAAUUGCAUUUCAUUACUAUAUAUUUGCUAAUUAUGCACAAAUUUAUGUCUUCUCAGGCAAAUAUGAGUUCCACUGAAAUGGAAAAGUUAUUGUAGGCAAGCUGUUACACCAAUAGGAGGACAAAACAAUCACUGACACAAGAUACUAUAUCAUUAAAGUCCAAAAUUAUCACAAAAAUGAAUUUAUCAUAGCUUGAAAAUAAGCAUGGCUGGUUUGUCUUGGCAUUUAUCUAACUGCAGGAUAUCAUUAAGCUGUAAAAAUUUUCCAAGUCCACUGGUAUUCGUUUUUGAGUGUCUGCACUUUACAAUCCAAUAACUCCCACAGAACAUGCACAGUGUUAAAGACUGCUCUUUUCAAGAGCCUGCUAAACAGUAUUAAAAUUGUAUGGACUCCUUCAGCCAGCAUAUUGUGCUUUACACUGACCUUUAAAUUCCAAAUUCAUUAGCACAAUGCAAAUGAAGAAAAAAAAAUGACUAAAUACAGCAGAGCCUUUCAGGCAAUAUACUCUAAAAGAUAAAUUAGAAUUUGUCACACUGUCUCAGUACAAAAUAAUUUUAAAACAAGUUUGCUCUAAACAGUAUUUGAGACUACAAAUAUACUGCCAUAAAAACUAUCAUUUCAAUGACAACGUUAAUGGAAAGGUUUUUUUUAUAUUAAUGUUGUAACUAAAUUAAUCCGAAACCUUUUCAAAUGGUAAAACAAUUCAAGCUGAUUAAUGAUCUAUUGAAAUAGAAGCUAAUAUACAUGGGUAUGGAAUUCUACUUAAGGAGGUGAAACUCCUCAAAUUUAAUUAUAUGGAUGAGUACUAAUCAUCUAUUCCAAAGGUCACGCAUUUGAAAGCUAAUACAACCACUCUGGGGGGAACGAAGACUUCAGAUUGAGGAACUUAAGUUCUACCUGAGUUGUUAUGGAUUUUAAGCUGCCAGUUAAAUUCAUGUAUGUGAACAGAAGUGGAAUCCAGAACUCCAAAUUAAAAAAAAACCAAACAAACGAAAAACAAAAAAGGGCACUUCCCCCAUAAUGCUUGGAAAGCGCUGCAGGACUUCAAAACGGGAUUCAUAAAGGCUGAGAUCACUGAGCUAAUAUUUACCCUUCCGCUUAGCUUUAGUCAAAUCAUUCAGGACAAGAUAUUUUAAAACCCACACUUCUGGGGAAGGUACCAGAGUUAUAUAUGAAGAAAUGCCUUCCAACUAAGAAUCCAGAAGCUACAACCAUUUUCUGAGCAAAAACCUACAGUCUAUCUUACUGAAGAAAAAUGACACUUAAAAAAAACUUUUCUUUCCUCAAUUUUAAGAAAUAUGGCUACUUCUUUUUCUGUAAUAGUGUUAAAACAUUAGCUUAGAUUGUAGGGCAACUGUGUUCAAGUCUCUCUUUUGCUAAAGAGGAUUCAAAUAACCCUAAGGACACUAAAGAAGCUUGCUAAAGCUAUUCGUGGAUAAGAGAUUCGUCACCAAUCACCACUAACAUGCUGACAUAUUUCAAAAAUUCCAGUGUACUGGGCCAGUCACAGUAUGACUGAGUAGGUAAGCCAAGCAUCUGGGAAAGUGAGAUAUGGUUCCAGCCCCAGGUCUAAAAACUUCUAUACAGUCUUCAUAUUUUGUAUCCUCUCUGAUACGGGAAGACAACUUUGGGCAAUUGAGAACUGACGCACCAGUUGAACAAAGGUGCAUCCAGAGCUCACUGCUGAGCAGUUUGCACUUUGGAUUUGGGUACCGAAAUGAAGCAUGAAUAGAAUUUAGACACCUACAUUUUUUUUUGGAUCUAGUUCUUGGGCUUCAUCUUUCACUACAUGAAAAAAGCUUCUGUUUUUACCUCAGAGGCAGAAGAGUGAAAGCAUGAAGGCUGUUGCCAUGGCCACAAGGUAACAUUAGGUGAAACAAGUGUCUUAUUUGAGCUCCUACUGGAUACACAUACAUCACAGAAAGCACUAACACAGUUCUAGCUCUUGUAAUAGGUUCCAUAUAUAACUCAGUAGGUACAGAAAAACAAUUACUAUAUUUUCUCAUGAAGAAUACUUCUCCUGUGCGUCACAGUUGGACAUACAGACUUAAAGAAAUGUAACGUGAAGCAGGUAAUGUAAACCAAACCUGUCCUGUAUAUAUUUUGAACAGCAAAACAAAUUUAGAUGUAAUGGACACUUGAUUUGCAAUCGUUUUUAAAUACAAUUUUUUGGACUUAUUCUUUUAAAAAUACUUCAAAGCAAAGCACUAUCAUUGAUUCUAAACAUCUGCAAUUCAAUUGCUGCUGUCUUAAACAAAUUUUUUUAAAAAAUUAUGCACCUUUAAAUGACUCUUAAGAAGCAACCCUGCCAAGCGGUCCAAAUAUAAACUGACUCUAAAAGUUAACAGAGGAAUUAUUCUGAAUUAGAGCAGUAAUAUAAAAUACUGUUUUUAUAUAAAGUACUAAGAAACUUAGAAACACUGAACAAUUUUCUGCCUUAAUAAUGCUUGCAAAUGUAACCAAACUAAAUUCUUGUUUUAAUCAUUUUUCCUUUCAAGGGAAAAGUCUGUUUUCCUUUGGCUUCAUCUUUCACUACAUGAAAAAAGCUUCUGUUUUUACCUCAGAGGCAGAAGAGUGAAAGCUUGCUCUAUCAAGUAUUUAACAAACACUUUUUGCCUUGUAAAGCUGAAAUAUCAUCAUACUAUCUCAUGCUUUCACCUGCCUCUAUCACAUUAAAAAAAAAAAAUCAACAAAAAAUCCUAUUUGUCCUUUACAGUCAACAAAUUUAUUCUCCAGAAACUACAUAUACUUUAUACAUUGCCAGGAUAGACCUCUUCAGCCCCAGGCUUAGAUAAAUUAAAUGACAAUACAAACUUAGGUGUAAUGUAAAUAUUUUAUCUCUUCAAAGAUGUUGACAUGUUUUUCUUUAAAAGUAUUUUCCAAAUGCUUUCUUAACACGUGCACUGUGAAAAGAACAGGCUCUAACAAAUAGCAUUUCUAUCAUCCCACUUGUUCUUCUGGCCUCCAUGGUUACGGGUCACCUCAGUUACUCUACAUUUUGAAAUUCAGUUCAGGAACAAAAUUACUGUCAUUUAUAUGAAAUAAAUUUAAUAUUAAUACCCCAGCCAACUUGUCUUUUGAUGAAUUCAACUGGCUGUAAUUAGGACAGCCUACUACAAAAUGCCUUUGCUUCUUUACAAAGUUUAAACAAGCGUCAUUGGCAAGCACGUUAAGCAAAACAGAACAAUUGAAUCAAAUUUAACCAACUUUUUAAAGAUGUUCCUACAAAUAAUACCUACUGAUAGAACAUAACAUAUAUGCUUUAGGGCAAUAAAAUAAAUUGCAUUGAUUAAAGCUGGUUACAUGAACAGGCUUAACCAACUGUUGCAAAAAGAGGUCAACAUAUCAUAUCACUAAGAGAUUUCCAAACCCCGUGAUGAAAAUUUUAGUGCUAAUUCAGAAAUGGUAUGUACAAUCCAGAGAGAUACCCAUUUGUUAACUGAACCACAAUUUGGUUUCAACAUGAUUAAAAUCAAGUUGGAUGCCUUUUCUCUUUGCAAAAUUAGUAAACACACCAGCAAGAAACACAAUCCAUUCUUACAAUUUUACAAAAGUGGAGAGGUAAAAUACAUAUGGGAGGAGGAGGCAUGUUUCGGACUGUUAAAAAAAAAAUACAGUACAAUAUUCACAUAUUUAGGAAAAAAUAAGCCAGUUACCAAACGUUUAAUUGGUAAAAGUUUAAUGUCAACUUACUUAUAAAAAUGAAAAAAUAUUUUAACAUUCACCAUACAACUGAGCAACCUGGCCCUACUGACUAUUAGCUAUAGGAAGGCAUUUAAGGAAAUGAUGGUUGUGUCAAAACAAAGGCUAACUUCAGGGAUGUAUGUGGCUUAACCAAAAAAAAAAAAAAA